ACCAACUUAUAUUUAUAUGUACGCACCAUUUCUUCCGACUGAUAUAGUUGUCCCAUUCUUAUACAUUUUUCAAGCAAUUGGAGGUUUCUUGCCAAUUUAUGAAAAAAAUGUAUAAGGAGAUUGUUACCAAAAGAGAUGUCAAGCUCCGGCACUUAAGAAGCACUGGGGAUGUACCCGCACCAUCACCCUCCGCCGUGCGCUAUCUCGUCCACCAGCCCUCCACCAUCGUAAGGGACGUAACGGUUACAGCCGAUGAUAGCCUACUUCCCAUGGCCAUCAUGGCGGCACAUAGCCCUGAUCCUCAACAACACCUGGACGUUAAGCCAGUUUUUUUCUAUAUAGUUCAAGACAUUUUGCUUCGUGGCAUUCCUGAUGCUCCUAAAAAUCUGAUAGUAAACAUGGAGGCCCUGAAGGAGAAGAACGGGAACGCAGUGCUUGAAGCAUCGGCUGAUAUUAUAGAGGCCAUUUGCUGCGAGAUGGUAUGCAAAUGUUCUGGAGGACAUGAUGCAGGGGCAACAACCAAGGCGAUCUUCGAUAUACUUGCGAUUUACUCAUGGGAAGCCAAGGUGGUGUUAGGCAUGGCGGCUUUUGCUGUGAUUUAUGGAGAAUUCUGGCUUCUUUCUGAGCUUUAUGCUACAAAUUCACUUGCCAAAUCUCUUGCACUCCUUAAACAAUUGCCAAUUGUUUAUGAGCAUAGUAUCUGGGUUAAACCAGUUUUAGAUGAACUUAAUAAUCUCAUUAAGGCCAUGAUUAGGAAUGUCAAUUACAUAAUAACAAUUAGUGAGAAAUCUCCCCAAAAUAUUUCCAUUACAACUGCAAACUCUUCUAAUUUGCCAUUGAUCCCCAUGGCUGCGUAUUGGACCAUGCGCAGCAUUGUUGCUUGCGCCUCAAAGGUUGCUAGCCUCUCCGGCCCGGGUGUUGAUGAACACAUAACUGAUAUAUCAGAAUUAUCAAGUCUUGUCAUGCGCCUUCACGAGUAUACCGUUCGGUUUGAGGAACUGAGAGAUGAAGAAGCUUACAUAGGACUUGUGCAGAUCUUUAGAAUUUCCCCACAAAGCAACAUCACCAUUAUCGAGGCUUUGAUCAAUCCUUAUAAUACCAAGGAUAUUGAUCACCAAAAUGCAUUAAUGGAUUGUUCCACCAAGAAGAUGGUCCAAAUCGAUGUACUAAGGGGAAAGCAUGUGGUACUAUUGAUAUCGGGUCUUGAUGUGGCUACGACUGAAGAGUUUGAAGUUCUUAAGCAACAGUACAAAGAGUCAAGGGGAAAGGUGGAGUAUCAAUACGAAGUCGUUUGGAUUCCGAUUGUGGACACGUCAGUCCCGUACUGGCCAGGUGACUUCGAGAAGCUCAGAGCAACAAUGCCAUGGCUGGCUCUGCACCCAACUCAUAUCAAAGCACCAGCCAUUAAAUACAUCAAGAACGUCUGGCAAUUCACGAAGAAGCCAGUUGCAGUGACAAUGGAUGCACAAGGAAAAGUCGUCUGCAAAAAUUCCCUCCACAUGUUUUGGAUUUGGGGAAAUAAGGCUUUCCCUUUCAGCGAUCAAAUCGAGGAAACUUUGUGGCAGAAAGAAUCAUGGAAACUCGAUCUCUUUAUCUAUGGCAUUACUGACGUCGAGAUUCAUCGUUGGAGGACUGAGAAGAGAUUCAUAUGUUUGUAUGGAGGCGAAGAUAUAAAAUGGAUAACAGAGUUCACAAAUGCAGUGAGAGCUUUCGCAAAUACAGUAAAUCUCUCACAUGAACUAAUUUACGUUGGGAAAAGGAACUCGCCCAGGGCUAAACAAGUAGCAGCCAUAAUCGUCGAGAAACAACUGAGUCAAUGCUGGCCUGGUUUGCUCAAAGACUCAGGUUGCAGCUUCUGGUCUCGACUAGAAAGCAUACUCUACUCAAAGCUAAAACACUUCAAAGCCAGUGACAAGUAUGACAUAUUAAUGAAAGAAGCCAUGGCAAUAUUAGGGUUUGAUGGGAGUGAUAAUGAAUGGGCAAUUUUCUCUGAAGGGGCUUCUGGGAUGGCAAGAGCUAAAGGAGACAUGGCUCUUCACUGCAUGACAAAUUACCAUGCAUGGUAUAAUCAUGAAACUUGCAAAGAUAGUUUCAUGACAGCUCUUAACACUUACUUGCUAAAACAACACUCCUCAAAGCACUGUUAUCGUCUCAUGUUCCCGGAAGUCAACUGGGGUGUUCCCGACAAGAUGGUCUGCUUCGAGUGUGGGCGUCUGAUGGAGAAGUAUAUCAUGUAUCGUUGCUGUGACGAUUGAAUCUCCCACGUAGUUUCAUUGGCUUUUAUCACUAUUUUUAUUGUUCUGUUCCAAAUAAUCAUCAUGGUAUAUCUACCCUAAAUCUGUUUCCUGCAUUUAUCAACGUUUUGUUUUGUUGUUUUCUGUUGUGUUAGUGUUAAUAGUGGAUUCUCUAUCCACUUUUCAAUCAAUAUUUUGUGUACGUUACAGUUAUGUAUCUCUGUAUUACAAUUGGCUAAACAAUGCCUUAUUAUAACAGUAUUGCUUAUGCACUUUAAGCCCAA